CACUCCCCCAGAGACCAAAGACCCCCCUCAGCAGACCUUCCAGCCUCUGACCCCGAGGACCCGUUACCCCCGGUCGACCGAGCAGGAUCUUUGUCAGAUUCCCAGCUGCUGAACUGCCUCCAAAGACGAGAUCGUCGAAACAGAAAGGCAAAGAAACAUGGUGUAAAUGGCGAACCUGAGUUUCAGUUAUAUGACAGAACGUGUAGAUACUGUGGGGUGUUGAGGAACAGCCCCGCUGACCUCCGCCGACAUCUGCGCAAGCACACAGGAGAGCGACCAUUUGCCUGUACAAUCUGCAAGAGAGCUUUUAAAGCGAAGAGAAGUCUCCAGUAUCACCAGUACAUGCAUCACGGUAUCCAGUUCAAGAAUGCUAACAAGUUCUCUGAUGUCCAGAAACAUAAGCUGAAGGAAGAAAGACGAAAGGAAUCUGAUAGAGGAAAGUUGAGAAAAAGUCCCUCUGUCUCAAGUUCAGAUCCACUUGAUGAAUCCUCGCACAGUGCACCCGAAAUGAAAGAAAGUCAUGGUUUUGUGAACCACUGUAGUGUCAUGCCAGCUGAUAGUCUGGACACAUCCACAUAUCAACUUCAGAAUGAAUCUCAAGAUACGGGCAUCGAGUCAAAUGGCGAUGAGCACCCAAGCCCGGCCAGUCGUGAGGCAUGCCUGGAGAAACAAGCCCAGCCUGCUCAUAGCUUUGAGCCCAUUUCUCCCAAACGCAGCACAAAGAGCCCCGAAGAAAUUUCUGCAGAUGACGGCUAUAGACAAGACGAAUCUGUAGGGCCCUGCCAAGAUGAGACGGAAGAGGAUAGGUCUAAUAUCCAGCUGUCCAAGAGAACAUGCCAGUUCUGCAGCAAGGUCUGCCCCAAACCCAGUGACCUCAAACGCCAUCUGAUGGUGCACACUGGAGAAAGGCCAUUCAAAUGUGACAUUUGUGGGAAAGCUUUCAAGGCCAAGGGCAGCAUGCAGUACCACCAGAAAGCUGCCCAUGGAGCAGAUAUUGAGCUGAGCCAAGGCCUUGAGGAACGCUAUUUACGACUGAAACACCGAUCUGGUCCAACCUCGAACCAGAAAGAGGUUGCAGAGAAUGACAUGCCGCUUGACCUACACAAAUGUGUGGAGAACACUCGUUGCCGGAAGCAAGACGAAGAGAAGAGUUGUGAUGCCGAUAGAGAAUCUCUGUCAGAUGACACUAUUUUUUUUCAUCCUCAGCAAACCUCCAAGACCCCUGUGGCCGUGGAGACAAAGGCUUCACCUGGACGGAAUGGGAUGUGUAAAGCAGACUCAUGCUGCUCUUCCUCUGUGGAGACGAGAUCUGAAGCUGUGUUGGAGGAUGAAGUGAUGCAGGUAGACAAUGAAGAGGAGGACAGUGAGGAGUGUAACCAAGAGAUCCUGAACAGUCUCAGCAAAGAGGUCAUUGUCAAGGAAGAGUCCCACUUUGUCAAGAACAGGAUCAGUGUGAAAAAUGAAACUGUCCUGGUAACCAGGUUAGAUGGAGUGAACUUAAUUUCAGGUGUAAGGACCUCGUUGUACAAGUGUCAUAUGUGUGGAAAAAUGUUCAACUAUCUCAGCCGACUUCAGUGCCACUUAUCUGUCCACUUUGAACGCCACAUGACCACCUACCAGUGCUCUGUAUGUGGUGCCAAUUUCAAAUUCAAAACGCAGCUUUUGCGACAUUCGCGACUACACAGUAGAAUGGUGAAAGCAGAUAUGCUGACAAAGCAAUACUCUGAAGGCAGUAGUCCUAAGGAGACCAGAGGACUCUCGCCUCCUAGCAGUCUCUCUGAGGGCCAUGGAGACGUGGAAGAGUGUGAUCUGAAGGAGGAAGAAGAGGAGGAUUUGGAACCUGAGGUGGACCAGGAGGACAAUACUUCUCCUACCCAAGACAAUGGGCUUCUCCUUCACUACAGCAAUAGAACUUCUCAGAGAUACCACAAGGUCAAUGGAUGCUACUCUUGUCUGUUCUGCAAGAAGACCUUCUUCAGGCUGUUCUCCUUGCAGCGCCACGAGCGCAUGCACACAGGUGUUAAGCCAUGCUACUGUAAGGAAUGUGGUAAAGGGUUCAGUGAACCGCGUAACCUCCGGCAGCACAUUCUGCGCUUCCACAACGAUGGUUUUCAGAUGGAUUUUGUUAGAAAGGCCAGGAAGAGAGCCAUUAUUGCCAGUUUGCGGUCUUCUGCUAGAGCAAUGAGAGCGGUGGACUUCCCACCCAAAGAUACAAGAUCUGGACUUGAUGCCAAUGACCCACCCACCGUUCUUGACGCUGUCGAGCAGGACUCACCAGUUGGAGAGAGCCUGAUGACCUCUUCCAGUGCCAAAGAUCUGCUUCAGAAAGAAGACAUCAGGGAAGAUGUGACAAUUGUUAUUCCAGCAGAAGUCCCCAUGGAGAAAGAGGGUAACAUCCAAGCACAAAAUUCCAGUGGGGCCUCUGAAGCCAGCUGGUCUGAGACACUGUCUGAACAAGACAGAGAGGACUUGAUGACCACAGAGAUAAUGGCAGCACCUAAGCGACCUCUCCUGUCCUUCCGCAAGGAGAGCAUCAGCUGCAAGUCCAGGAGGAAGUCCAGUGUGCCAGUCAAGAUUGAAAACAUGUCUCCACCACAUCAAACUGGUGCUCCAGAGGCAAUUGACACAAGGGGCAAGCUGAGUCCGGAAGUGUGCAAGCCUGUGGUCAAGGAGGAGCCGUUAUCCCCUCUGACGGCCCUGCCGGCAUCCUCUGGAGUCCCCACCACCCCCAUGAGCCCAGUCCUCUUCUCCAACAACAUGGGCAUGGGUCAGAGUGCUACUCACCCUCUCUUCCUCUCUAGUCACCUUUUACCCACCUCAGGACUGUCCGUGAACCCAGUCAUGAGUAUCCCUAUCACAGUUCAAGUCCCUGUGGAUCCUCAGGCUGCGGCCAGCUCCAGCCCCUCUCCGGGCAUGGGCCUAAUGGCACAAGUCUCGCCCAACGACUUUCUUGUGGGCUACCCAAGGGUGAAGUGGGAUGGUAAUCCCUUGGCAGGGAUCCCCAGCUCUGAACCGCUUCCUCGCCGAAGAUCCCUACCUUCUGAGGCCAGUUACACCAUACAUAACUCUGCCUAUACUGCUGACAAGAAUGGGAUCUCCACAGAUGGGCGUAAGGUCACUUCUCUGUCCAGAACUCACUCUAGACUUCACAUGCACCUUCCAUACGCCACCUCCUCCACUGCCUGUAGCACUGUAACUGGUUUCUAUUCCAGACUUCAUGUGGUUAAUGCCCCUGUUAACCGUGAGAAGGUUUGUAAGCCAAUGCUGUUGCCGGAUGGCAGGUCUAUCUACAGGUGUGUCUUCUGUAACAAGGACUUCCCUACCUACUCUGACAUCAAUAGACAUAUGGACUUCCAUGAAGAUAUCAGGCCAUACAAGUGUAAGUUUUGCGACUACUAUGCAAGGACAAAUAGCCAGCUAAAAGUACAUAUGAUGAGACAUCAAGGUAUCCGAGAGUUCUGCUGUAAAUUGUGUAACUACAAAGGGGUUACACAGUCUGAUCUCAACCGACACAUGAAAUCUCAGAUCCACAUGCUGAAGUCUCGCAAUGAGUGCCCAAACUGCCUGGAGGGGUUUGUCACCCCUAAAAAUUUGGAGCGGCACAUGGUAGAGGUGUGUCAAGGUAGGAAUCGUUCUGAAAAACCAACCUGAGAGAUGUGGUGGACCAAUUUGAGGAGCAUAAACGUGCUGAGAAACCAAGUCGAGAGCCGAGCUGGGUCCUUUUUGAGGAGAGAGAACCAUGCUGAAGAAACAACGUAAAAAUUAUGAUACAUUUACUUCAGGAGCAUACCUACUAUUUAAAACCAGCCUGAGAUUUUUUACAAUUUGAAGGAGAAUAACUGUGAUGAAAUGUCACUAUGAGAACUGUAAGAGGCAAAUAUGGAGAGUUUAUGCUUAGUAAAUGAGCCCAGAAAAUUGUAACCAGCCAGUUGAGCAGCAUGAUAACCAUCAAGAAUAGGCUCAACCAAGCAGCAAGAAUGUACAAGCCAUACUGAUGAGUUGUUUAUUUUGAAGAGGUGGCUGAAUUUGUUCUCGUAAAAUCAACCAUCUGUUUAACAGGAGUCCAUAAAGUGUUUGGUAGGAAAACUAGAAGUGUUCAGCAGAUAUAUAUGGGGAAAGAAACUGAUUUGGCCGUGUAGUCAUUGCUGUGAAAUGAAGUGGAAUGAACGAAGCCAUUAGGCGAUCGAUUAUCUGCAGUGAUUCUACGGAGAAAAUGAAUGUGGCCAGUGAGAA